GAAGGAGGGAGGAGGGAAGCCCGCUCUCUGGAGAGAGGCGGUCGCGGCCUGAUGACGUCGCACAAUGGCCGGCCCCCGCGGGUAGUGGAGCCCGUUUGUUCCGCCCGCGUCGCCCCGAAGCCGAAGCCGAAGCCGGAGCCGGAGCCGGAGUCGGAGCCGGAGCCGAAGCAGUCAAGACCAGAGGAUACUGAUGGAUGUGUGUGAGAGCCCUGAUCGAGAUCCUGGAUCUCCAGAGGAAGAACAGCAAGAGCUCUCAGAUGAUGACAUUCUAAAAGAAAGUGGGUCUGAUCGCGAUUUGGAUGGAGAGGGUGGGAGGGGCACUGAUUUGGAGGAAGAGGAAGAAGAUGCAGCAAGGGCGUUGAGUCAGGGUGAAGAGGAAAAUCAUUCAGAUGAGGAGGACCGAUUAAGUGAAACCAAAUCUCAGGACUCUGAUAAUAAUGAUCAGAGCAGAGAUCUUAAGAACUCUCCAUGUCGGGAGGAGGAGGAGGAGGAAGAGGAGGAGGAGGAAGAAGACAGGACAAAUGAUCUUAGAGAUGAAGCCUCUUCAGUCACUAGAGAACUGGAUGAACAUGAAUUAGAUUAUGAUGAGGAGGUUCCUGAGGAACCCACAACUACUGCUCAAGAGGAUGAGGCUGAGAAGGCUGGUGGAGAAGAUGAGGAUGAGAAAGGAGAAGGUACUCCAGAGGAAGAAGAGAAAUCCAGUGGUAAAAAUGGGGAGGAAAAAGAACACCCAGAAUCUCUUAAGGAGAAAAAAAAAGAGGAAGAUGAUGGAGAAAUAGAUGAUGGAGAAAUUGAUGAUGAUGAUCUGGAAGAAGGAGAAGUAAAGGAUCCUAGUGAUAGGAAGGUGAGGCCUCGUCCCACCUGCCGAUUCUUUAUGAAAGGUCAUUGUACAUGGGGGAUGAAUUGUAGGUUUAUCCAUCCUGGAGUGAAUGACAAAGGAAAUUAUUCUUUGAUCACAAAACCAGACCCUUUUCCACCCAAUGGUGCACCACCUGUUGGACCUCAUCCAUUGAUGCCAGCCAAUCCUUGGGGUGGACCAGUUGUUGAUGAAAUUCUGCCUCCACCACCUCCAGAACCCCCAACAGAGAGUGCCUGGGAGAGAGGACUCCGGCAUGCAAAGGAGGUUUUAAAAAAGGCAACCAUUCGAAAAGAACAGGAACCUGAUUUUGAAGAAAAAAGGUUUACAGUGACCAUUGGAGAAGAUGAGCGAGAAUUUGACAAAGAAAAUGAAUUUUUCAGAGAAUGGAAUUAUCGGAUUACUAGAGAUGUCAGAGAUACAGCACUUGAACCAUAUUCAGAUCCUUAUUAUGAUUAUGAAAUAGAACGAUUUUGGCGUGGUGGACAAUAUGAGAACUUCAGAGUGCAAUAUACAGAAACUGAACCAUAUCAUAAUUAUCGAGAGAGGGAAAGGGAACGAGAGAGAGAAAAUAGACAGAGAGAACGGGAACGGGAACGUGAGAGAGACCGAGAAAGGGAACGGCGGCAAAGGGAGAGAGAGCGAGAGAGAGAAAGAGAACGGGACAAAGAACGCCAACGAAGGAAAGAGGAGUGGGAACGAGAACGAGCCAAGCGAGAUGAAAAAGACAGGCAGCACAGAGACCGGGACAGAGAAAAAGAGCGAGAAAAAGAAAAAGAAAAACCAAAACCUAGAUCCCCUCAACCACCAAGCCGUCAACCUGAGCCACCAAAGAAGGAAACCACAUCAACUGGCCCACAGGUGAAAAGAGCAGAUGAAUGGAAGGAUCCUUGGCGACGAUCUAAGUCCCCUAAAAAGAAACUUGGUGUAUCAGUUUCUCCAAGCCGUGCACGGAGGCGUCGAAAAACAUCUGCCUCAUCAGCAUCUGCAUCCAAUUCCUCCAGGUCAUCUUCUCGUUCAUCAUCAUACUCUGGUUCUGGCUCCUCACGAUCCCGGUCCAGGUCCUCAUCCUACAGCUCCUAUUCUAGUCGGUCUUCUAGACACAGCUCAUUCUCAGGCAGCAGAUCCAGGUCUCGUUCUUUUUCAUCUUCCCCUUCUCCAUCGCCAACACCAUCCCCACACAAACCUUCUAUAAAAACUAAAGGAGAGCCUGCUCCACCUGCCGGAAAAGGAGAGAAGUCUCUGAAAAAGCCAGUUCCCCCUCCUGUGCCCCCACAGUCCACUAAAACUAUUACACCUGCAGCAGAGCCAACCAAACCAGGAGAUAACAGAGAAGCCAGAAGGAAGGACCGCCCAACCAGAACCCCACCCAGGAGGCGGACCAUCAGCGGCAGCAUCAGCGGCAGUGCCAGUAGCUAUAGCGGAUCUAGUUCCCGAUCCAGGUCAUUGUCAAGAUCUCUCUCUAGGUCCCAUUCCCGAUCAACUUCUGCCUCUAUUUCUCCCUCCCCAUCAGGGUCCAGGAAGUCCCGGUCCCUGAGUGUGAGCAGCGUCUCCUCCAUCUCCAGUGCCACAUCAAGUAGCAGUUCUGUUCGCAGUGCCGAUUCAGAGGACAUGUAUGCUGAUCUGGCCAGUCCUGUUUCCUCGGCCAGUUCCCGGUCUCCCACGCCUGCCCAGCCGAAGAAGGAGAAAGGAAAGUCAAAAAAAGAAGACAGUGUUAAAGAAGAGAAGCGGAAAAGGGAGGCUCCCACACAGCCUCCCAAAUCCACAAAACCUGCAGCCAGUAGUAAAUCAUCCCAGCAGCCACCACCUCCCCAACAAGUGCUCCCGCCACAACCUCAGCAAGGAGGGUUCAGCGCUCACAAAGAGAUCAAACUGACAUUAUUAAAUAAGGCAGCUGAUAAAGGAAGCAGGAAAAGAUAUGAACCAUCAGACAAGGACAGACAAACUUCUCCCCCAGCAAAACGAGCUAACCUAUCUCCUGAAAGAGGUUCUCGUGAUAGGAAGCCAGGUGGGAGAAUCUCUUCUCCUAAACAGGAACGCCAGAGAGGACAGAACCCCAAACCACCUCUGACUCAACCAGAUAGGAAACGCCAGCUGUCCCCACAGUCCAAGAGUUCGAGCAAAGUCACCAGUGUCCCCGGCAAAGCUUCGGACGGGGGCCCGGCCACAACUGGUGCCAAGUCCGGGAAGUCAAGCACGCUGUCGAGACGCGAGGAGCUCUUGAAGCAACUGAAGGCCGUGGAGGAUGCCAUCGCUCGAAAGCGGGCCAAAAUCCCUGGGAAAGUAUAGCUCCCGGCCGGGCCCAUAGAGACUCUUACGUGUUUUUAUAAAUAGUGUAAGCGCAGCCAUUUUGGAUUGUGCAGUUAAUGUCUUAUUUUGGCUGCGGUUCUUUUUUAAAAUUAAAAAAAGAAAAAAAAAGUUUCUCAGCUGGAGAAGAAGCUGCCCACGUAAUGAAGAUGACUCUGAUUCCCAGCUGCUGAGACCAAGGAUCAGCCCCUUCUCCCCCAGAGCAGGACCCCCAGAGGCAGAGCCGGUCGGCACCGAGGCGGAGGCACACGCGGCAGCAUUCUCAAUGUAAAUUAUAAAUCCUGGACUCCUCCUUGCAGCCCCAUCGGAUACCCCUCCCCCCACACACUCUUUUCUUUUUUCCUCCCCACUUCCUCCACCGACCCCCUGCUAGCCACGAGUUGUAUUCUAGUUCGCCUUGCUGUGUGUUGUGUCUUCAGCAAUGCCGUUCUCUUUCCUGUGUAACCAGAAAACCGAGUACUUCUGUGAACUACUGGCAACAUCUUCCCCUCUCUUGCCCCAUCCCCAGGAUCAAAAAUAUAUAUAUAGAAAUAGAUAUAUAUAUAUUCUUGACUAAAGUCUGAUUGGGAAAUAUUUCCUGUCUUUUAUUUUAAGCAUCAGAUUGUUUUAGUUGAUUAAAAAAGAAAAAAAAAAAAAGCAAGGGUAUUGUUGGGGCGUCUGUCUAAUGAGGAGGGUCUUUUUUUUUUGAGGGGGUCUCCUAAAAUAAAAUAUUUUGAUAAACAGUU